GAAUAGUUACAGGGUUUUGCGGCCUCCAGGUGGCGGAUCCAACUUUUCAUUAGGCUUUGAUGAACCCACAGAACAGCCCGUGAGGAAGAACAAAAUGGCCUCUAGCAUCUUCGGGACACCCGAGGAAAAUCCCCCUUCGUGGGCCAAGUCGGCAGGUGCCAAGUCCAGUGGUGGCAGAGAAGAUCCUGAGUCGUCUGCACCCCCGAGAAGGAACUCCUCGGAGGCCAGCUCUGGAGACUUCCUAGACCUGAAGGGAGAAGGUGACAUUCAUGAAAACGUGGACGUAGACUUGCAGGCCAGCCUGGGGCAGAGCGAGGAGAAGCCGGUGCCCGCCGCCCCUGUGCCCAGCCCGGUGGCGCCGGCCCCGGUGCCAUCGCGGAGAAACCCCCCCGGCGGCAAGUCCAGCCUGGUCCUGGGCUAGCGGGCCUGUCGGCCGCGUCGUUCUGUCUGUUUGUCUGUUUCCUCCAUGCUUGUGAACUGCACAACUUGAGCCUGACUGUACAUCUUUUGGAUUUGUUUCAUUAAAGAAGCACUUUAUGUACUGCUGUCUUUCUUUCCCCUUUUUCUUUUGGAAGAGCAGGUGCUUCCUCUGUCCUGCUCCGGGUCUGGAGGCCAUGGCAUGAGAGCUCCCAGUAGUAGGUUGGCGGGAAAGCCUUUGAACCUCAUCCCGUGUUUUUAAAAACAAAUAAUUUGGUUCCAGAUGUAUUGGAGGAUCUUUUGUACUGAGGUUUUUAAAACCCUUUUCUUGUCAGCUUUACUUGGGUUUACCAAGCCUUGAUCGGACAGGCCAGUAAACAGUCCACAGGCACCGUCCCUAUGCCGCCCCCGCCCCCCAGGGCUAUCUUUAUGCCGAACCUUCUGGGUGUCGCCCGAACUUGUCCCUGCCCUUUGCUAAAAGCUCUUCCUGUGCCGUAUGGAACCACAGCGGCCUGUGCCUCAUGCCUUGCUGCCCGCAGAGCAAAGACACUGCCUUUUCUUUCUGAACCUUAAGCAAGAAGUCAGGCACUCGCUGGGCUGGCCCAGGAGCAAAGCCUCCUGCUGUCCCGCAGGGGACGCUCCAUGUCCACUCCAGCUGCCGGUUCCGAGUGUCCGUGAAGCAAGCGAGGGCGUGAGCUCACAGCACGGACCCCGCGGGCAGUGCUCUGACAGCCAGACGCUGUGUGCAUGAUGCUGGUGUUGACCAUGAAACGAAGUCUCAUCCUUAAAAACUGUGUUGUACUUCACAAUCCUGGACUGUUGCUUCAAGUAAACAAAUGUACCGAUUUUGAA